AUGACUACCACGACCACCACCACGCAGGAGGACACCCCCAGAGACGUCCGUCUUCUCCAUCUGCUGCUUGCAGCGCAAUCCAUCCACCAAUACGAGGACCAGGUGCCGCUCCAACUCAUGGACUUUGCUCACCGCUACGCAAGAGGCAUACUCAAGGAUGCCAUGGUAUACAACGACCAUUCUGCAGCAGGACCCUCCGAUACGACGACAGGCAACACUACGUCCGCCACCGGUGGUGCCAAGGGCCUCACAGUGGAGGACAUACGGCUCGCCAUCGCUUCAAGAACGCAAUACCAAUUCAAACCCACCGCUCCAAAGGAACUACUACUACAAUUGGCCCAGGAAAGAAACAAGAAAUCAUUGCCCCAAGUUAUGGGCGCAUGGGGGGUCCGUCUACCGCCAGAGAAGUACUGUUUGACCGCUAAGGACUGGACUUUGACCAAGGACGACCAUACUAACGAGUGA